AUGCACACCAACGUUCGAUCAAUCGUUGUUCCAGGUACAGAAUCUGUCAGCAGUACACCGCCAGUCCCACCGAGACGGAAGAAGCGCAAAGCGAAGCUCGCGGCAAUUGCAAAAUCUCCGAAAGAAACGUCACCGACUCGUCUGAGAAAACCAGACAAAAAGCGUUUGGCGCCACCGCCUCCGCCGCCUCCGCCGCGAGCAGUCCGAAGGAUCAAAUCUCACGUCGCCAAAGGUCAGGCAGAAGAAAGGACGUCGAACUCGCAGACAAUAGGCGAUGCGGAAGAAACGCUAAAUAGUCUAAGUUCGAACGAGACGGGGGAAACUUCUCAGCCGUCGUCUUUGCAGUUCGAGGAUGCUGACUCGGUACGGAUCGAGAAAGCGAGUAAAGAUGAAAACGAGAAAGACGACAAGUGCGGUUCAAGCAGUGAGACAAAGUCGCCGCACAAACGUCCGUUUGUAUUCGAGACUUUCACUAGGAAGGAGACCAACAAGUACCCGCCGCUGUUCUUCACUUUGAACGAUUUUCAAAAUGUGAUGUCCAACACGCUGCAGCGUGAAGACGAUUUAAAUGACGAGCCUUCUGCGAAUUUCGACAGCUCCUUUCGCGAUUCCUUUCGCAACUCCCUUCGAAACUCCUUUCGCGAAUUCUUCGAGAAAUCGUUAGACGACGAGGAGGACGACUUGUGUUUUCGCGUGACCACUACUAGCCUUCCAUUCGAGAAAUGUUUGGACACAUGGACCGCUACAUUCGCCGAUCGUUUGAUCGAGAAUUUCGACGUACCGAGUCGUUUUAUUUUCGAAGAUUACGUCGAUAGAAGUAACAAGGUAAAUGUCCGACGAUCGGCUGGCCCGAUGUGUUACGACAGCUUUGAAGAAGAACCAACGGUACCUCGGUUGACCAAAGUGAGGUUCGUGAUCGAGUCACCUAGCUCGUCGACUUCAGAUCACGAAUUGAACAACGAUGGCGAGACCACGUGCGACAGUUUACAAAAUAUCGAUCCUCUGACAGAUGAGCAGGAGGUCAGCUGGAAUCGUAGUUCUUCCGUGAAAUUGACUGAGAUCACGGACGACAUGGAGUGCACGGACAUGAAUAAGGCUUUUGGUCAGGUGCAAGAUUUCCAGGAGGAUCAUGACGAGUUCGGUGACGUACCUUUUAGUUCUAUUUUGAAAACAGGGGACAGUUUGGAUCGGUGGUAUUCCCUGGACGAUGCCACGAAUUUUGUCAGGGCGAUCGAUAAGGGAUCUUUCGGUCAGGACGAUCGUGGUAAUUCCAACGAUUCGACCGGCGCUUCGAUCGGGCACGAUUCGCAAGACGAGUCCCUUUGUUCCAAGGAAAAACUAAAAGUCGCGGACGUCAGCGAAGCAGAGUCGAGUUUAAUCAAGUUGAAAGCGGAAUGCCGUUCUGUGUUGGCUGAGGUUAGAGACGAUUUUUCGGAAAGGCCGCCCGAGGACAACGGUUUUGCGCGGGCUUCGAAUAACUGCACUGCUUCAAAUAACGUGGAAGACAAUAAAAAAUAUCACGAUGAAAAGGAUUUGACGAGUGGAGCUUCUGAAAAUGAAAACGACAAUGUAAAACGCGAAGAAAUCAUUUCUGCCGGUACCAAUGCGAUUGCGAAUAACUUUGAUUGGAAAUUGGAAUUAACAAGAAAUGAGAUAAACGUCAAUUUUGUUCAGGAAGAUUCGAUAAUUCGUAGAGACAAGUAUCUAAGGACUGAAAUCAAUGAAGAACAAUCGACAAUAAGCGAGACAAAAGUCUUUGAUCAACAAAUAAUAAAAGACAAAGUAGAGAAUAACGUUUUGAAAAAACAUUUAUUAUCAAAUAGAACAGAGACUGAUAUUAGCGAGGAAGUGUCGUCAGCUGAAGAGGAUAUGGAAAUUGACAAACAGCAAUUACAAACGGAUUCAGUCGAUAAAUCCACGGGGGAGUACAGAAGAAAGAUUUUCGUAAACGAAUCGCUUCGAAAUAUAAUAAAUCGUUGUGAUUUCACGUCGAAUGACUUUGCGGACGGCAGUGAAGAUUCUGAUGUGCAAGACGAUAAUUUGGACACUGGCGAUAUUUCUUUAGGUGUGAGCGAGAGAAGUUUCAAGGGCUUAAUUACUAAAGGCGACACGAGACAGGAGACAAAGGAUAUUCCAGUUAGCCAAAGUAAUAAAAAAUUACAAGAUACUUUUAUAGGUAACGAAUCAUUCGAAAAAAGGAAAGGGAUCACUAACCCGGUUAAUAUUCAACGAAACUCUUUUCUGGUAAAUAUGUUGUCGGAGGAUACAGAUCAGAUACGGACGAGCUGUGAAAUCAUUGCUGUUCUCCCAAAAUCACUAGCGAAGAGCGAAGUAUCGAUUUCGAAAGAUGAAGAAGGAAAGAAGUUGGCAACCCGGUUAAACGAGUCGAUAAAAAUGGAUUCAGAGAUCCAGAAAAUUUUACAAGAGUCUAAAGCGCCGUUGGAAAGGAUAGAAACCACUUUACCAAAGCCGACAACGGUUAAGAAGAUUGUCGAAACGAGCAAGAAAACCACCGGUGAGGCGAAGUGCGAUGUAUUGAACGAAUUGCUCUCCAAUUUCAGUAACAUUAAAUUGAAACCGGUGAACGACGAGAAGAGAAGUGCCGCUGAAAGUCAUCCGCGAGUAAAAACUUCUUCUCGGCAAGAGAACGAUAAGGAGAGAAUCGAAUCUAUGUCAGAUAGCCGUACACAGAGUUUGAAAGAUUGUAACGGUAAUUCUUCUGUUGAGACCAAGGAAACGAGCGACGAGUCGAUGAAUCUCAAAGCAGCCACUUCUUCGAUUAAACAGUGGCAGUAUGCUGCCUCUUUGACGACGAGGAAGGUUCAAGAUGACCGGAACAAGAGUAACGAAUCACUAAAAGCGUCUGAAGGAUCCCGAAAUAGUACUGCGAAUAGUACAGAAUCCGCGAAACCGACAGAGAACAGCGAGAUAUUAGCAGAUCGUAAAGAAGAGUCUCGAGAAAUAGACGUAAACAGAGUCGCAAGAACGGUUAAGCAGUGGCAGUAUGCUGCUUCUCUGACGACGAGUAACUAUAUUCCAGAUGACCGGAAUAAAGGUAUCGAAUCACAAGAGAGAUCUGAGGAUUUUCAAGAUGAUAUCAGCUUUGUGACCAGUACUGUGAAUAGAAUAAACAGAGUUGAAAGAACCACGAACGAGGAUUACACAAAAUUAUCGAGAAACGUGAACGAAGUUCUCAUCGAACCGACCAAAAGCGAUACUGUCAGAAGAGUGUCUGACGACGAAGCAGGAAGAGGAGGAGCAAGCUCCGUGGAAUGUCUGCAGAUGGUAGGCUGCAGCGCAAAGACUGACGAGUCGCAUAAUCGUGGCGCGUACGCGCGACAGUUAGAGUUAAGCAAGAGUAUGAGUAGCGGCGACAAGAGUGCCAUAGCUAGGAGGAUUUCUCGACCCCAUUGUAAUAAUAAUGACAAUAACAGGGCCGUAACACCCGUAGCUGUAAGUGAUGACCAAUCCCGCGACACUGUAACGAUAACCCCUGGUAGAGUUAGGAGCUUCAUUAAGUACUACGAGAUUCAACGCGAGGCGACGGCCGACGAUGAUUCUAAAUCUAACGAUAGGGUAGAUAAGGACCCGAUGCCUGAACACCAAUCGGUGAUUAGCAUCUGCAGGGGACUGGAAGCGAGGGCCAUCGAGGCUAAGUUCUUCGAAGCGCAGAAAAAGGAUAAUUCUAAGUCGUUGGACACGAUGAAAAAGGAUGGUUAUCGUGGGCUAAUAGCGGACCAAGAUGUCGAAAGAUCGAUCGGUUCAGCGAGGAAAGAAGGAAAGUGUGCUGCGAUCGUAGAAAAGUUGGGAACAGAGAACUCGAGUCGAUUAAAUGCUCGUACUGCGAACACAGAAGAUGAUUAUGUGGAGAUGAUGAAGCAGAUUAACGUGUCACCGAAGUCCAUCGGCGAUUCAUGUGCGCAUCCUGGAACAGUUAAGAGAAAGAAGUCGGUGAAAUUUCAAGGUGGUUUCACCGUGAUCGGUACGAAAGAUCCUGACGAGAAUGGUACCGCGGGAAGUCCUGCGGCUCAGGAUACGAAAUUGUUGAAUAAAAAGAAGAAUCUCGACAGACUGACGCUGGAGGGUAGUGUCCUUGCCGAGAAAGUAGAUUUUGGCGUUGGACAACUUGGAGAAUUGCUGGACGCUGACUCGCGUUCUUUGAAGAAACGAGAAACUGAUGCUCAGAUACAAGCCGCAGCGAAAUGUGAGGAAUGUUCAGGUAUUAAUCGCUUCGUUCCAAAACCAGAAACCCCACGCCUCGUAUUUUAUUGUACUGUAUAGUUAAAACCGUAGUUUCUAAAUGUCGUCGUCGUCGUUUUCCCGAAUCUCGGCGAGAUUUCACCGCGACGCUUCGUAGCGUCAUAGCUAAAUUCAAUCUUUUCCACGCUGUUUUUUACGUGUUUUAACUGAAGAACAGAUUUCCCGCUCUUUCGCCAGAAACUGCGCAGAAUUCCAUUCUCUCGCAAACAAAACACUGAAACAAUUUUUUGUCAAUUUAUCGUUAUUAGAGAUUUUAUUUGAUGUUAUGAUUUAUUGAAAUUAUGAAAUAUUUUGAAACGAACUAUCGUGAAAUUAUAGGGCUUCGAAAAAUAUCAAAAAAUAGGAAAUGUAUCAGACUACUAAAACAUUUCUUGGCACAAAUCGCGCAUGUAUGAACUUUAUGUUUCAAUGGAAGUUUUUUUCAAUGAAAAAUUUGAAUGUAUUUUCAUAUUUUGAUAAUCUUACCGUUGUCAAAUGAAGUUGGAACAGAAAGAUAUAAUUUUGUGUAUUUCCCAUAUGAAGAUCACAGGCGAGAAACACAAUAAGUUCUUUUUUAUUGAUUUCUUGCUAUCGACGUCAUUUGGUGGUUAAAGUUUGGGAUUCUGUAAAAAGCCAACGGUAUAGCUAAUAUUAUAACAAUCGAUAUCUCGGAAAGUUCAAAUCGCUAGCAAAGAUACAUGUGUAAUUUUAAAAGCAAAUAAAAACACGUCGGAUUACGAUGCAACAUAUUAAAUUAAUGAAUUAAAUGAAGAAAAUUGCUCGCUCUUAACGGCGAACAACGUGUGACUUACCAUAUUUCUUCAUAUUACAAUUCCACAAAAUCAAAACGAAAUACAAUAUCAACUCUAAUUCUAUUAAUGUCAAGCGGUAUUCUAAGAAACAAUUAUCAGUUGAUAUUGUUGCAAACGUUUUAUCUUUACAUCUUAAUCCAAGCUCAAUGUCAUUACAUUAAAAUAUUUAAUAAAUGGCCUCCAAGAGUCACAGUCUUCCAAUCGACCAAAUCAAAACAUUACGAACUAUUACAAAUUACCUUCGUAUUUCUAUCAAUCACAGGAAAAAGUACGAAACGAUCUUUUCCUAAAUCACAGUAACGGUCGUUUGUUCUUAAAGAACAACCGAAUAUAACAACCAGCGAUGAAAGGAUAUCAGUCAACGAACAGAGGUACAUAGAUCACCAAUUCGCAAAGCAAAGAGUAAUCGCGUGUUUCCAAACGGUUUGCCACGUCCUACGAAGGAAAGAGUUCGACAAAGUUUCGUUGGGUUAAGGUUGAACCACUCGUUCGACACACAUUUCGACUAACGUGGAAGGACAGCUCGCGACUAGCAAAUGUUCCGUUUCUCCCGGAAGGAUUUAGAGUUAUCGUAGAUCCGAUGGAUAAACAGAUUUUUCGGUCAACCGCAUUAGCCAGUUCGUGAAAUGUUUCUUCCUAACGGAUUUAUUCGAUUCAGCCCGCAUUUGGCGCGUCGCAGCUUUUUCUUCUAAUUUCUUGCAUCAUUUUGACCGACUUAUUUUACGUGUUUUCGGAUAAUGGGGCUCCGCUAGAUUUACGGCCCCCUCGACGAGGCCGUAGAGCAAAAAGCGCCGACGCGAUUUGUGGCUUUGCUCGAAUUGGCUGUUUCUUGCGUAACGUGACGUUUCCGGGAUGGAAAACUUUGUGAAACUCUUUCGACUCGAGUGGAACGCGGCAAUGAGAAGAUUUGUAUGACUUUCUGGAUUUUUCAUGGUGUCGAUGAUUGUGAUUAGGUUGUAGAUCUUUAUGGCUUCAUGGGAAAUUUGAAGACGAAAAAACGUAUUCUCGAAAGUACUUCAUUAAACAAAGAUCGAGAAUAAUUUAACUGAGAAAGGAAAGCAAUUACCGGAAUAAAAUAGGAAGCGGGAGAAGCGUCGCCGUAUACAAGAAAUCUGUUCUUCCGUUGAGCUCCUUUAGCGCGGUUAGUUUCCGUUCUCCAAUUGACUUUUAGUCGUGUGUGUUUAGCGAAACGGCAAACAGCUCUUAGCUCUGUUAUUGUCGCAAACCUUCCUUGCGCGUCCUUGCAUUAGGAGAACGUUGUUUUUUGGCGACAUAGCGUAUCGCAGGAACCGCGCGUGUAUAAUCCCAUUAUCCUGCAUAUAUUGUGUAAUUAUAACGUAAAGGUGGAAGUAAUUUACGUGGUAGAGUAGUGGCGAAAAAAUAUACUUGUUGCGCUGUUUGUGUUACGUAUACGUGUUCAGCUGAUCAAUUUAACACACAUUUAGUAUCCAGUGUCGUAAAAAGUACUUUCAUUUCGGUGCUUACGAAUGAAUGUUAUUUCUCAAUGGACGAAUGUCCUGUGUUCCGUGGACGAGAUAUUAAAAUCUUAAAAAAGAAAAAAAAAAAUACAAGAAAGGAAGGAAAAAGGAAGAAGAUUAUAAUACUUUACGUCUACAUCAGGAUAUACAUAGUUUACGAAAGAAUGUUUGUAAUUAAGAUGAGAGGUUGAAACAUGAACUUUUCAGAUAAUACUUGAUAACUGUGUGUUUUUAAUUAAUUUUUUUGUUAGAUAGGAUCUUACGACAAAUGUUGUCUUAAGUAUGUGUAUACCAUAAUAUGUACAUAUUAUACAAAGGUCGGAUAAGCUUUCAAUAUGUUGAGUCUUUGAAAGCUUAUAUUAUGUGUGAAAUAUAAUUUAAAUUGUAUAUUGGAUAGAAGUUAUUUUAGCAUUAUGAUGUAAUAGUCUUUUUGUUGUUUGAAACUUAAUAAUGAGCCAGAAAAAGCCUGGUCUAUUAAAGUAGAUAUUUUUCUUCAUAGAUUACUUUACGCAAAGAAGCACCAAAAGACAGAUUACGAUUUUUUAAGAUACUAUCAGUACUGUAAGAUAUUAUUAUCCAUUUGAAAUAUUAUUAACAUGAUACGAUAUCUCUUCAAUCGUUUAAUUAUCCAGAUAUUACUGUAUCACUGUUGCUAUUAAUAUUGCAUUAAUCUACAAUCAGAGUAACAUGCUCAUAAUUAAAACGCGAAUGCAACGAAUUUCUGCGUGAAGAAUGUUCUUAAUAGAAAAUCCCAUAGAAAAUCAAUGCUGAAUGCUACCAAUAAUUUUUUAUCGAAUCGUCAUAAAUAAUAUCAAAUCGCAUAAUUUAUUGCUGCUGUUCUCCUCAUUUCUUCAUGUUCGUAUGCCUUCGGAUAUCUUGUUUUCACUUUUUUAUUCAUAAAAAUAGAACAUAAAAUAUAGAACAUAUAUAGAGCAAUAGAAUUAAAUACAUAGAAAUCAGAUUAUCAGAUAACACCAAAGUGUAACUCGAAUGUUACUUCAUCAAGCUUCCUUUGAAAAUUUCCUCUCCAAACUUCUUUUAACAACACAAACGAAAACAAAUCGAAUUCGAUUGAUUUAUAGGUAUACUUUUCGAUGGUGUCAGAAUUUCGCGACAGCGCAGUGUCGUGGAAGGCCAGGUUUCUAGCAAUCCGUGUAAAGUUCUCGGUUGAUUUCAAAUACGUCGAGCGUAGCGGGAUAGCAGGAAGUUUCUGACACGCGUGGCAGAUCGAGUUAAAGGACGGUUCGAGUUCCGUCAAGUUCUUUUUGGCACGUUUGCCAGAAUCAGACGCGUUUCAGCUGAGAUCGGAUACACGAUUGAAUCACGUGGAUCUCGCUCCAGAAAUAUUCCAUGAUAUUCCACUUAUACAUCAGAAUCUCGUAAUGAUAUCAUCGUUGCACUAUUAACAUUUCUGCGAUUAAUAUUUUUCCUCUAACAUACGGCAUGUCGAAUUGUUUAAAUACACGAGAUGUUCAAACGUUUGGAAUCCAAACUGAAUACAAUUUGAUUUUAGAAAGUUUCCAAGUACUUGAUCGUUGGAAUAUAUUUCGAGUGAGAUCGACUCGUUCAAAUCGAUCAAAGUUUGUUCAAACUCACUCAAACGAUCAAAAUAUGUUGCUGGAUGUUUGAAUUGCUUAUCCUUUCGAGUUAUUUGGACGUCUCAAAUGACAAAAGUCUGAUCGAGGAAAUCGUACGAUCGGAUAAUAGAAUGGAACGACGAUGGAGAAUACAAACGUAUACAGAUCGAAAUGAUAGUACUUUUUAAAGGAUCGACACACAGAAGGUGAUAUGCAUAGCGGACUUUUUUUUAAGCGUGCAAUUCGUUGGCCAAAUGAGACUUAACGCGGUGUGAUUAUGCAAUCGUUUUAUUCUUUCCUCUGUUGACUUAUUGUAAGUAUGAUAAUUUAUCGUUUGCCCGAGUGCAUUACUUUAUACGACGUAGGAGAAGAUUAACGAUAACGAGAAGAAUAACGUGUCGUCGAUAUAAUAGAAAUACGUAAAUGGAAUGCUUCGUAAGACUUAGUAUUAUUAUAUACGCAUGGUUCGAUCCGUUUGUGUUCCUGCACGAUGUAGAUUUUCGAUAAAUGUCGGAGAAAUCGAUUUUCUUAUCGAGUUUCCUUCGUUCCGUAUAUUUCGUUCGACCGACUUUUGAUUUUACUCGUUGCACAUUUAAAUUCCUUUCGAUGUGUGAACGUAUCCACGAGCAGUUGAAAUUAAUAAAAAAUUUGCCAUUUUCGAGUGGUAAAAAUUUUGAGAUGUUAUUAUAAUUGUAGAAAAUGAUUUAUGAUAGUAAGAUGUAGAAAAAACAUCGAUGUUAAAAGUUACAUCGUUUUUAUGUAAAAUAAUACAUGAUUUUAUUUUUGUAUAAGUAUCCAUCAUUUUAUCACACGUUAUAGGAAAACGUAAUUAAUAGAAUAAGUAUGGAAGUAUUGAUGCAAAUGUAUGAAUUUAUUACUUUUCUUUAGAAUACUUUCUCUCACAAUGAGAAAGUUACAUAUGUUGCAUUUUAUUCUGGAAUGCAUUAUAAUAAUAUCAAGUUCAACCGUUGUACACCUCAAGUGUAUGUAGUAUGUACAUGAAAUUUAUAUUCACAUGUAGAUUGUGUAGAUUGAACAUUAAAUCGUUUCAAUUUUUAAUUAUAAACAGUGUAACGGUAAAUCAUCUUUUAUUGCAAAGUAUCAAUUUAAAUAUUAUUUAGAUACGUAAUUAUCAGAAUUUCGGCAAAAGUUAGUGAAUAUUACGGAAGCAGGUCAAUACAAUUUUUACUAUGCUAUUAACGUGCGCAUCGAUUUCUUUUACUUUCAAUCGACAUCUACAUUUAGCACGAAGGCAAGUGGAUAAGUGACCGUGCAUAUAUUUCUAGACACAUAUGUAUAUGUAUAUGUACUUGUACAAGAUGAAUGUGAGUAUUAUUACGCGAUAACGAUUCUGUAAAACGCAAUGCGAUUUACCCAAUUGCCCCGUUGGUUAUGCGAUCUUUUAUAAACUUUAAUUUACAUAGAUAAGUAGCGUGAAGCGCAGAAAGUGCGAGUCGUACGAGAUUUGUCGCAUUUAAGAGGAUGUUGCACGUAGCGAUGCACUUGAGAACGCAGCUCGAAGAAGCAAUAAGCCGCGAUACAUUUAUUUCUUUUAACACGACCUAGCUUUCUAAAGAUUUAUCAUUAAGUAAAGAUCAAUUGGAAAUUGUACAUUUUAUAUAGUUGGAAAGUUUAUGUCGAUCAACUUUUAAUUGUCUUCGUUUCAUUAGUUUAUUUUUAUUAUGAAACAUUAUACGUAAUUCGUUUACCGAUAUCGGUAUAUUAUUGAAUGAGAUUUAUAAUAUUUGAAUAAUUUUAUUAUUUUGUAAUUUUUAGAGAUAAAUUUUAUUUUUAAUUUAUCUUUGCACGCAUAAUGAUUUUUUUUUUAUAAUUGAUUAUAAUAUGUUGCAUAAUACUUACUACGAAUACUUUGUUACGUUUAUCGAGUCACGAGUUUUAGAUUUGUAUACAGGUUUGCGUGCAUGUUGCAAACGACAGCGUUCGAUAAAAAUGUUCAGUCAAAUGAAAUGGUCAUUAUUUUAUGAUCGUUAAAUGAAUAGAAUGUACAUAUCUGCAACAAACAACAGAAUAAAUUGGAAAUGACAAAUUGGAAACGUCAAUCAUACACGAAUAAAGUUCCAAAAAUAUUUGCGAAUAUUUUUAGAAAGUUAUUGCAUGCAAAUUGUUCUAUUGCAAAGAACGAUAUUUCCAUAAAAUUCUUUUUAGCAUUAAGGUAUCAGUUUGUUUUUCCAAACACGUUUACUAUCGCUAAAGAAGAUGUAAUAAAGUAUAUUUUGCGUUCUUUAUGGAACAGUGGCAGAAUAAAGCAAUCGAAAAAGCGGAAAUGAAAAUGAAAAUCAGAAAAUCGACAAAAAUGAAUCUAUCGUGCUUUCCUUUUCUGAUCUUCGUGUGUAAAUCACAAAGCUGUCGAAUAAGUAUCAUUCGAAUAUUUAUGAAUAAAAAAUUAUAAUAACCGUAACCAAGAUAUUUGGAUAAAAUUCAGCGCCGUUAAAACAUCGAAAGUCGGACAUUGCAAUAACACGAUAUUUGAAUCGAUGGAAUUUUCUAUUGAAAAUUGUUAUUAACUACGAUACAAAAUAAUCAAUUUCAGUAAAAUCAAUAUUCUAUCACAAUAGAAAAUACAGGCUACCUUUGCGUGCACACUAAAACUUUCGAUCGAGUUGCAUUAGUCUGAAAUAUUUGCUCGGGGAACAGUGUAAUCGAUGCAAAGAAUCGCAAGUUCCAUUCAUUUGACUCAACAUGAGGCACGAAUCUAAAUUUGUUCUGUCUCGUUGAAACAAUAUGGUUCGGAUUUAAAGAUAAAAGAAGAAGACGGGAAAAAGGAAAAAAUAAACACGAGGUGAAUUGUACAUUCAGGGGAAAAUAGUACGAAAACACGCGCGUAGAAUCUAUUGUAUAUUCGUGUGUGUGAAGCACGAAAACGCUUGACACCGAGCUAGUUUCGUUUUUUAGGGGACAGAAUCGCGGAUCAAAGUUUAGAAGAAUUUACCGAUUAACCUCCUGAAAUACGUUUUUUCUAGACGUAUACGAACAACUUAUUACUGUUUUAUAACGUGUAGAGGAUGACAAAGGUGAUAGCGUAGUGGAUGAAACAAGUGCGUGUACCAACGAUGCCUCAUUGUACGCAGAUAGAGUCAUUCGCUGUUAAAGUAUAGUCGACACUUUAUGUUCAUUUCGAGAGAAAUGUUUCCCUGCAGUACACUGUACGUUUAUAUUUCCGCUGAACGCUGAAUAAAUUAUUAUUUUCUAUGCUACGACAAA